UUUCAGAAUUGUUAUGGUAAGCACCCCGGUCCCUUCUACAUCAUCCUAUCGAGAGGAAGGAAUCACUGGCAAAGAAUUGGACCAUUAUGUCAAGACGGAGCCUCGCUCGAUAUGCAUUUUAGAUUGCCGAAUAGGUGGAUCUGCCAUCAAAAAUGCAUGCAGAGUACGGCUUCCGAAUGUUUUAUUUCGUCGUUUGGUUAACUGCUCUUUGUCGUUGUCCACUAUAUCACCUCGCCUUAACGAUCCGGAUGUGAAAGUGGUCAUUAUUCCGGAUCACGGCGCUGACAGCACAACAUCUGAUGCUUUGGCAAAUGCUUUGCGAAAAGCAGACCUUCAGUAUCAGGUCCUUGCUGAUCCUGUUGAGGAAGUUCUCUCAGCUUUCCCAUCAUUACGCGUCGAUGAUGAACGGCAACCCUCCCGAACAUCUGGCGACGUAGUGUGCCUAAAUCUCAAUGCCCUUCGUAUCGAACCUGGUGUUCCACCAUCUACAGACAAGCGCCAAGUCUUCCCUGUCCAAAUUCUGCCCUACCUUUUCCUUGGCAACUACGAAACUGCCAGCGACGCUCAAGCCUUAAAGCGGAUUGGUGCGCACUAUAUCAUCAACGUCACCUCGAACCUCCCAAACACAUUCGAGGAUAACCCAUCAUUCCACUAUUUGAAAAUUCCUGUCGACGACAAUAGCUCACAUAAUCUCACGCAGUUUUUCCCAGAAGCCAUUGCCUUUGUGGAGGCUGCAGCGCGUGCUGGCGAUGCUUGUCUUGUCCAUUGUUUAGCAGGGAUUUCUCGUAGUGUCACUGUCUGCCUUGCAUAUUUGAUGGCGAAAAAUAAGUGGAGCUUAGAAGAUGCUUACGAUUUGGUGUUGCGUAGGAAUGCAAGUAUAGCUCCGAACUUCCACUUUAUGGGACAACUGACGGAGUAUGAGCGCCAUCUUGGAGUACGAGGCGCAAACGUAGGAAAAUACCCAACGAUGGCUCCACUUUCACCAUCAUGUUCAGCUCAAGCGGCUGUUACGGCUGCGUUACUCACUCCACCUCCAACUAGUUGUUCAACGUCUCCUCAGAGUUCUGCGCAUUCAGCAAAGAGUUUCGAUUAGUCCGUUUUCCUUUCUUCUGAUAUAGAAAGCUUGUAUGAAUGUUUUAUUUGGUACAAAGUUUUACUUGAUAAUCCAUUCACUUCCUAAAUUGUUCGUAUGCUUCUAGCACCAUUAUAGGAGGUGAUGUCUCCCCCUCCCCUUCAUAUUAUUAGAGAUAGGCACGAUAUUGUCGACAAAGUUUCUCAGCUGAACAGAUACCUCAAGACCAAAAUCGUUACAAAUUUAUAUGUCGUUGUUUAUCGCAAUGUUGCGACAGUAUUCUUUCAUUUUGUUGUGCCUGCAGUUGUUCGUGUUUCUGUGCAUAUACAUAGUCGGAUUAGAAUUUGAUCCUCAUAGUAUGCCCUAGUGAGCCCUUCUUUCAAUUUUGAAUUUCCAUUUGUACUAUUUUUGACUGACAGAAUAUCAUAAUGCCAUGACAAUGACCUCUUUUAAUAUUUUGUAUGACAAUGUAUUACAAUAAAUUACGCAAAACGAU